GGCGCAUGAACGGGACCGCUAACGCUCUCAUAGGACCUCUCGGACACACUUUUUGUAUUGUUCACAACCACGUACGUGCACCGAAGCACCGCUUUGCUCAAGACAAUGCGUCGCUGGAUCUCUUUCGCCGCCGCUCGCACCGCUACCGCUGUUGUCGCGUCUCCUGCGCGCCUCUACAGCACGCCUGGCAAAGUGAAAGUGGUGGUCAAGACCCAAGACGGCACCUCGCUGGACUUCGAGGCACCCACCGGGAUGUCACUGAUGCACGCCCUUCGCGAUGUGGCGAUGCUGGAGGUGGAGGGGGCGUGCGAUGGCUGCAUGCAGUGCUCCACGUGCCACGUGUACCUCUCUGCGGAGUACUACAAGAAACUGAAGGAGCCAGCCGAACAGGAGCAGGACGUGUUGGACAAGGCCUUGGACGUCAAGGAUACGUCUCGCCUGGCGUGUCAGAUCCCGCUGACGCCUGAAAUAGACGGGAUCGAGCUGGCGCUGCCCACGCGUGUGGUUAACCUUCUCAUGUGA